AUGCAUCAACCAGGGGCAAACGGGACCCCGAAUGGGGCCUAUGCCCAUCACCAGAUGCACGCGUCGCAUCGUACAGCGCCCGACCGAGGCCGUCCCGACACCUCACGGCCGCUCUCGUUUCGCGAAGCUCUCCCGUACUCUCCCCAGACGACGACGCUCCCUUUCAUACCUGGUACGCUGCGCUUGCGCCCUCCUUGUCGCGUCGCCGAUCCUGUAUCGCAUAGUGCGGCUCUAGAUCUGGCGGUUGACUGCUCAUCUGACGCUUGUUUCUUUGUUGUGGCAGAUUUGAUACCGACGCCGAUGCUGGGAUCUGGGUCGUCUGCUCUUUCCACGGCUGGGCUCCUUCCCGUCAACGAACUCGACAGUCUCAACAGGGAAGCCGCGACCCAUGGCCACCUCUCUAAAAAUGGAAAGCAGGCCCUCGAGCAUGUCCUUCACGACUUGAAGCUUCCGCAACGGACGAAAUACAAAUUCACACCAGUCCCGAUGCAUGCCGCUGCGUCUGUUCAGCAGGCAUCUUCCAUAGCGGCCGACCUCUCGCCCUGUGCCAGAACCUUCUUCGACAAGGUUGGCGGUUACUUCAAGGAUACGAGGCCGCCGACUGCAAGCCCUAUAUCCAAUGGCCCGAAGCAGGAAAAGAUCAAGCUUGAGUCGCCCGUCGUACCCAACGCGUACCGACCAGAUCAGCACCAGCAUCAGCACCAGCAUCAGCACCAGCAUCAGCAACAGCAACAGCACCAGCAACAGCACCAGCAACAGCAACAGCAGCAACGGCCCCCGGGCAGUUCACAGGCCAAUACAGUAACCCAAUCUAGGGUCGAGGUCUCCAUACCAGCCAAGAACGCUCUCGACCGCUCUGCAUAUGCCGAUCCUGGGCAGCUGGCCCAACCUGAGCCCGUGGUGAAUGAGCCUAUUGCCCAACAGUUGCCGCCGGAUCCACAACGGCAAGCUUCAGUGCAAUCGAUGCAACCCGUGCUGGCUGCCAAUAACGCGUUCAGCAUCAACCUCACCGCUCCAAGUUUCGGCCGCGAUCAGUAUGUCGAGGUCCCCUCGGCGGUGGACGGACCUCACACCCUGUCCCGUAUCAGAGAACGACAAGACGUUCAGAUCAGUGAAGGAUUACUAGGCGAGACUCUCGACCAGCGUCAACGCGCAGACUCAUCGCUGAAUGAGCUCCGUCGACGGACGGACAUGAUCAAGAGAGCCGUGCGUGGCCUGUUCGAAUCUGAGCCUGGCUUCGAUCACCUCGUUACUCUCAAUGCGGAUCAUGAGCCCGCUAUUACUGGUGACGAGCAUAAGAAGAUGUAUACGGCCAUCCAGAAAGUCAUCUCGCUCAGUCGCUUCGACCAGGUCCCUGUCGAUGACCUCACCCAAAUUCUCCGCCUGAGCGAGACAAGCCUCAAGGAUGCCCUCGCUCUUGAUAUUCAGGUCGACAAGAACUGGGACGAGACGUCUGUUGAGUUCUGGAUCCAACAGUUGCCCAAAACGGACGCCGCCAUCCGAGCUUCGAGGACGAGCCUGCGAAUUCUCACCGGUGGCAGGGAGGAUCGCCAGCUGUACUCGGAGGGCAUCAUCGAGAACAGCAUCAAGGUCUUCCAGAAGGUUGCCGACGAUGUAAUCAUGCCACUCGUCGAGUUUCGCAACUCUGGUCCCUCCGGAAGCGCCUUCAAGAUCCUUGCCAGGUACAAGAAGGACAUAUCCGGCAUCUUCGUCGGCUGUCAGAAGCUUCUGAGCAUGCUUGCCGAGCUGGUCUCCAAGGUUCAGCUCACCGAUCUCUCGCUCAACACCCUCGAGUUUGUCUCGUCCAAUCUCAUCUUUGUCGAAAACGCCUACUACGAGAAGGACUCCAUCGCUGGAGUGCAAAAGUUCGACGGAAUACGCUCGGCAGCCAUGGAUACUCUCUGCCAAAUCUUCCUGGUCAAGCCUGAGCAAAGGCAGGGCAUUCUGAACGAAAUACUGACGUCGCUCUCCAAACUCCCAGCCGGCAAGCAGAGCUCGAGGCAAUUCAAGCUGUCUGAAGGAGGCAGUGUCCAGCCCGUAUCAGCGCUGGUGAUGCGGCUGGUGCAAGCCAGCGCGGCCUGCCCUGACAAGUCCAGUGAAGACCGCCGCUCCGACAUGAUGCGAGCAAUCGAAAACGACUCGGAGGGCGGUGCCGAUGAGCUUCAGGCGGCCCCAUCCAAGAAAUCCAGAGCGACAUCAUCCAUCGAUUCGGAGAGCCAGGGAGCAGAGCAACCAGAUGUUGCAAUGCAGGACCUCGGCCUUCUCAUCCAGCCACUGGGCGAGGACGCUCAGCGGAAUGCAUCUCUCGUCAUCAACUUCCUCGUGCAACGAGCCGCAGGAUCAAGCAAGUCGGGAGAGAGCCCGUACCGCAACCUUCUGGAUCUCUGCGUCGAUGACUUUACAGUCUGCCUGGACUCCCCAGACUGGCCGGCUGCCGAGCUCAUCCUUCGCUGCCUCAUGUCGUCGAUGAUUAUACUGUUCGAGGGAGACAGAACAGCUGCUCCUGUGAAGAACAUGGCUCUGGAAGUUCUUGGCAAUAUGAGUGCUGCGAUCUCUCGCCUUCGUUCACAUGUGAAGAAGAUGGCUGCUUCUUCCGAGGGCACCGACAGCGGCGGCCUGUCAAACUUCCUUUCUACCCUUGCCAGCCAGGUCAUCGACAAGGAGAGCCGGCUAGACCUCGUCCUGUCCUGGACCGGCCCCUACCGCGUUGUCCUGGAGUCCCUCCAAUCACGGGGGGGGAAUAGCGCUCACCUAGCCGGAGCUUCGUCGUUCAUAAUGGCAAGCUGGGCCAACCGCGCCCGGGCGUACUUCGAUAACAGCGCAGAUGACGACGAAUAUCGCUACCGCGAACUCGGACGGAUGGCUUUCCGGCUGCGCAUGAUGGUGGAGGAUCGCACCUGGCUCUCCAGUCAAUUCGAGUUCAGCACCGUUUCCCCGAACCAAGUGAAGUUGGCAUACUCUAUUCUUCUCCUGGGCUCACCACUGUGCGAAGCCUUCGAGAGGAUGCUGGCCAUAUUGCUACGUUCCAUGACCAGUGACCAGGCAACGGUCCGCAGCAAGAGUCUGAAGAGCAUCAACUCGGUUCUCGAGACGGACCCCUCCAUCCUAGAUGGCAACUCGACCGUCGUGGACCGCAUCCUCGAGUGCUCUAGGGACCCGUCGCCCCAAGUGCGUGAGUCCGCUCUCAGCCUCAUUGGAAACUGUAUUCAGAUGAGGCCAGCCCUGGAAGAAUCGCUCACGCAGCCCAUCAUGGAGCGAGUCUCCGAUGCUGGAGUUUCGGUGCGCCGGCGUGCAAUGCGGUUGGCCCGCGACAUCUACCUCCGUAACCGUGACAAAACCCUCCGAAGCAACGUUGCCAGCGGCUUGCUCCGCCGUGUCACCACGGACCUCGACGACAGUGUGCGAGAAGCUGCUCGGCAGAUGGUCGAAGAAAUCUGGUUCGUCCCUUUUUACCAGAUGGAUGAUACGGCAGUGUUCCAAACUCUUCUCGCCGAGCACACCGCCCUCAUAAUUCGCACGGUCAAGAGCGGAGGCAUGGAUACUACGCUCGAUAAAGUCUUUCAGUCCAUUCUCAAGGGCCCGGAAGGCAAGCUUGCCACGGGUCCAUACUCCGUCUGCUCCAAGCUAGUCUCCAACAUGUUUGGCUUCAUCAACAACCCCCCCUCUGAUGACCCCACUGUGCCGUCUGGACGAGAAGCGUUGCACGUGCUCACCAUAUUUGCGAGGGCUGAGCCGAAGCUCUUUACAUUCGAGCAGGUUCGACUCCUCAAGCCCCAGCUGGCCAGCGCCGACGUCAAGGACCCAGAAGACCUGAAUGCGUUCCGAGCCGUCGUCAUUAUACUCAAGUGUGUUCUUCCACAGCUGUCGACGGUCCAUACGGAGUUCAUAAACGAGCUCAAGACGGCGCUUCUCCCCAAGAUGGGACAGGUCGACGGCCGUACCACACUUGAAGAGCUGGCCGCCUGUGUUCGUGUCGUUCUCGAUCUGCUCAAGAACCCGCAGCCGGUUCUGUCCCUUGGACGGUCCGUCUUGGUCGGCGUCCACAAACUUGGUCAGAUACCAAGGCAGCCUGGUGCCCCACCUGUUCCCAAGGGCUCAUCGGUCAAUAUCCUCAAUCAUCAGGAAGGCCGGAAGCUCAAGGCCUACUCCACCCUGCUUGGAACGAUUGCUCUGCACUUUGAACUUGACUCCCACCUUGAUUUCUUCAAAUCCGUCUUCAGUGACUUCAAAGGAGACUCGGUGGCGCGUCUCAUGGUCGAUAAGCUCGAGCCGUUUGCGAGUACGGAUCAGACUUUUGAAGUACGCAAGGCGGCCGUCGAGGGCAUAGCUACUGUCUGCCAGGCCUGGCCUCGUAACUACACCAUCCCCAAGGUGUGGGCGCUCUUUCAGGGAGCCUUCAGGGACCGGGACCAGCAGCUGGAAGGCAUCAUCCUCAGGUCAUUCAAGGAGUUCUUGCUCACGGAGGAGAGGCGUUCCGAAGCCUCGGCCAAGGGGGGUGGGGGGGACGAGAGGAAGCCACUGACUGUCAUGGGUGGCACAAGCUACGACGAUGUCGCAAGCGCCACGACCCAGCGGUUUCUCAAGGAUAUCACGCGGAUCUCGCUAGGUAGCCAGGAUGCGCAUGCGUUGACGGCCCUGGAGGUGCUCGGCAGCAUCAACCGGCAAGGUCUCACUCACCCCAAGGAGACCGGUGUCACACUCAUCACGCUGGAGACGUCGUCGAGUAAAGCCAUCUCCGAGCUGGCGUUUCGGGAGCACAGGGCUCUUCACGAGAAGCACGAAUCCACGAUCGAGAGAGAGUAUACCAAGGCGAUGCAGUCAGCCUUCGAGUACCAGCGAGAUAUUGUCUCAGACACGCGGGGUGCCAGGGGGGAGCCGCCCCAGUCCAAGCUCCACAACAUGAUGGAUGUGCUCAAGAUUAGCAAGAUGAAGAACCGGCAGCGUCUCUUCGAGAGGGUGCUCGGGCUUCUGGAUUUUGAUCUGGCCACGCUGGACGCAUCCCUGGAAGUGCCGCAUCACAUGGAUUUCACCCGCUUCAUUGUCGAGAACAUGGCAUUCUUCGAGUACCAGACCAUUGGCGAGCUGCAGACUGGCGUGCGUAAGAUGGAGCAGCUCUUUACCGGCAUCGGCGCCACAGUAGCCCAGGCUAUCGACUCGGAAAUAUUCAACGUCAGGGUGGAGAGCGUCGACGAGGCGCAGAUGCAGAUCCAGCAGCAGCUGAAUGGCGAGGGCCAAGAUGCCGGGCACUUCCUGCCGCCUCAACCUUUGGUCGACCCCGCCAGACUCCGCCAGCUGUCAACGGCAGCCAUCACGCUACUCCUCAUCUGGGAGACGAGGACGUACCUCCGCCGACUGUACGGCAUGGGCACGGGACGCAAUGACAGCAAGGCCAAGAUGCAGUCCAAGGACCUCAACAAGACGCCAACCAAGACACAGGGCAUCCACUGGGACAAGUACUGGGACGAGGUGUCGUCUCUGCCCAACGGCCUGGCAUCCCCGGAGGCCAUGACGCAAAAAUGCAAGGCCCUUGUCGAGCUGAUGAACGUGGACAAUGAGCUGCAGGUGGCCGAGGAGGAAGACGACCUAGACAUGGAGUCGGACGGCACGCCCAGCGAAGGCAAUAAUGAAGAGGAGGAGGGCAGAGGCCGUAAGAGGAAGCUCAACUCGACGCCAGGUGGACGCAAGAAGCGCGCCCGCUCUAACUCACAAGCCAAUAAGCGGGGCGGAUCCGUCGUCAAGGCUUCCGCCGCAUCAUUCGACGAGGAUUUUGAGCCGGAAGUCGACUGGUUCUAA